AUGGUUAAAGCUCGAAGACCAGCAUGGAGACGGUAUAUUUACGUAAUUAUUCCAUUGUGCAUCGCCAGCAUAUGGUUAUGGCGGUUUUUGAAUAAUCCAGAGGCAACAGACCUGCAAGCGUUACUGCAGAAUUUGCCCAAGGAAAUCACACAAAGCAUAGACUCUGCGUCACAGACAAAGCAAGACGCGUCCAUGGUGGAGAUGUUCGAAAAGCUUUCUGCAGAUUUGCUGCAGAAACAGGACGAACAACUUCAAAAGUUCGAAAGGGAGCGCAAAAGGCUAGAAAAACAGAUCCGGGACUUGAGACAGCCGUCUCCGCACGCCACGCUGCGCGAGAAACUCGCUCUGGUCUUCGAAUAUCGUCCGGCCCAUCGGUUUCCGGCUUUUGUAUGGCAAACGUGGCCGUAUUCUGAUAUGGAUAGCCGCAUGGACCCUGUGUUGCAAAGCUACGAAAGACACUGGGGUGAUAAAAACCCGGGCUUUGUUCACGAAAUUAUCAACGAUGACGCUGCAUCUGCUUUAGUGCAUUACAUGUACUCUUCGAUUCCAGAGGUAGUAGAUGCGUAUGAAAUAUUGCCUUCUGCCAACUUGAAAGCGGAUUUUUUCAAAUAUUUGAUUCUGCUUGCUCGCGGCGGUGUUUACGCUGACAUUGAUACCGACGCCUUACAGCCGGUACCCAACUGGAUCCCUGAAAAUGUGUCUCCACGCGAAACAGGUCUGAUAAUUGGGAUAGAGAACGACGCUUCCAAUCCCGACUGGAGGAGCAAUUACGUGAGAAGACUGCAGUUCUGCAACUGGAUCAUUCAAGCUAAGCCAGGUCAUCCUGUGGUGCGAGAAGUGGUGGCCCGAAUCACAGAGACCACUUUACAGCGCCGUUCAGAAGGCGAGCUGCGCAUGAACCUCAGAAAUGACCUCAACAUUAUGGGUUGGACCGGAUCGGGGAUCUGGACUGACGUCGUUUUCACAUACAUGAACGAUUACGUGCAGAGUGGCAUUCUCAACAAGAUCACUUGGAAAGAGUUUCACAAGUUGGAUGUUCCGAAACUUGUUGGAGACGUGCUGGUGUUUCCUCAGAGCUCUUUCAAUGCUCCUGAAAAGGACUCCAAGGACAAAGACUCGGAAACCAACAGAGCUCUUCACUUUGCCACGCAUUCGGGACUAAAAAGCUGGAAAGCAGCCCCCAAAAUUUCCGAUGAAGAGUAG